AUGGCACCAGAAGGUAAUGCGGGUUUGAAGUUCUGCACCGUUUGCGCAUCGAACAACAAUCGGUCGAUGGAGUCUCACCGGAUACUAAAAGAAGCUGGGUACGAUGUGUCAUCGUACGGUACAGGUUCUGCAGUGAGGCUGCCGGGUCUUUCAGAAGAUAAGCCGAACGUAUAUUCGUUCGGUACGCCCUAUAACGAUAUUUUCAAUGAUCUGAGGUCACAGUCUGUAGAACGCUACAAGUCAAACGGACUGUUGGAAAUGCUGGAUCGAAACCGCAAACUCAAGCGGGCUCCUGAAAAAUGGCAGGACGGGAUGAAGGUGUUUGACUUCGUGAUCACCUGUGAAGAAAGGUGCUUUGACGCUGUGUGCGAAGACUUGAUGAGCCGUGGCGGUCAACUUAAUAAAAUUGUGCAUGUUUUCAACAUCAACAUUCGAGAUGACAACGAAAACGCCAAAAUCGGUGGCAAAGCCAUAUUGAAACUUGCCGAUAUGCUGUCGCAAAAGGCCUUGCAGGCCGAGAAAUCAAGCGAGCCGUUCGAAGACAGCAUCAUGGGAGUCGUGACCGAAUGGCAGGAAGCACACCCAAACCUACCCAUUUUGUAUUCACCUGCAUAUUACUAA